GCUGUCUCGUCUUCGUUGCGCGAGAGAGAUCUAGACCAAGGUACCUAGACAGAAACUGCGCCUUCUCGGUUAUCCCCGCGUCAUCGAAAGUCGCAAUCCAGAUCCAAGGAGCUUCUGCUGCUUGCGCGCCCUGCUAUAGUGCUUUUCCUGCUCCGUACCUAGUAGCAGGCUUACUACCUACCUACCUACCUACAGGUACUGCAGACAGGUCCAUACAGCACUACCUUGCUUCGUACAUUCCAUACUAGGACCUGCGGUUGUUCAUUGACGUUCCUCCUACCGGGGAUCGCCUCUCUGUCUCUGUUGCCGGACUUCACUUCGUUGGCCAUGCCAGUCCCCGAACAGCAAGUGCCCGAUGGCGGCGCUGCUGUGACGCUGCCGAUUCGCGCCAAUGGCUCGAACACGGCGCCGGCUUCGAGCAAUGCGCUGACGGGCAAGCAAGAGCACUACCUCAAGAGAGAGCUCAUAUCCGACCAGGUCAAGUGGGAGAUCAACGAGCUCAACUCGCCGACGGCUCUGCAGCGCUUCGGCGCGCCGUUCAAGUCAGAGCAGGGCGAGGUCCCUCCCCAAGAGUCCGAGCUGCCGAUCCUACGAUACAUCUUUGUCCACCAUGUUCGCGAUUUCCCGUUUCUCGACAAGGCCAGGGAGAAGGAGUUUUGGCAGGACAAGCUCCAAGUCUUUCUCGAGUCGUUUGCCACGAAGCAGAUUUCCUCGUCCGAAGACCGUCUGGAAGAGACGAAGCGCCGGAAGCUGGCCAUCAAGGCGCAGAAGCUGGUCGAGCUCAUGAUGGUCUCGGGUAUCCCCACCUCGUCCGGCUUCGAAGAGCGCAUCAAGUUCUCCGAACUCGAAAUCGUGGACAGCAACGCCAUCGACAGGGGCGUCAUGAACACUCUCCCUGAAGGCAACUACAUCAACGGCUGGGAUGUCAAUGUCGCCGGUGUCCGCGUCACCUCCGUCAAGCGCAACAUCAGGUAUCACAAACACGCAGAGUUCAUCCUGCGCAUCAAGCGAAAGGGCGAGCUGGAGCACUUUGUCGGUCGGCGGUAUGGCGACUUUAGUAGAUUGCACCGAAGGCUGCGCGCCGAGCUACCUGGAAGGGUGUUGCCUGCGUUGCCGAAGAAGAACAAGUCUGACACGAGAAUGAGCGGGCUGCUACCGUCAUUUUCCGGCGCGGGGGAUGACUCCGAUGCCUCAUCUGUUUCUUCCAUGUCCACUCGGAGAACGAGGAUGUCGCAGAAUUUGAGCGCCUCAGGGGGGCUGCUGUCUCCCAAGGAGAAUCAACGAGUCUCACUCCGUGCUUUUCUACGAUCUCUUCUCCACAACCCUCAGAUUGCAAACACCAAGGCCAUGUCGGAUUUCUUGAGUGGCGACCCCAUCACACCGACAGACGAGGAUGUGGAAGACAUCUCGAGGCGCAAAGCACUUGACGAGAAGCGCAUGGAGGAGCAGAAGGAGUUUUACGAAAUUGCUCGGAGGCGUGCUGCUGAACUGGAUGAGUAUAUGGAAUCGUUCCGGCGGGACAUUGUCGAACGAAAUGGCCUUACACUACUGUUCAAGGAGAUCAAAGAAAAGGAGACGAUUGGCGAUCUCAGCAUUCAGUAUCGCAAAUUUGCCGAGUGGCUCAGGAUCGAAAUCGCGGCCGUCAUAUACCAUCUUUUCCUGGCCGAAGACAAUUCGGCCGACUUGUUUGCCCAAGCGAAGCGCAUCCAUUCCCUGAUUCCGUACUCCGUCGUCAAAAACGUCAUCCGAAUUGCGAACCCUGCAGCUGUCAUGUCAGGCAUUCUGGACAUAUUCCUCGCUCAGCCUUUUGGGACUCGGUCCCUCAUGCAGCGAAUGUUUUCACUGGCAUUGCAUGAUGGUAUUCGCAGCUUCCAGAGGUCCAUCGACGCACUGGACGCUAAGAUUGGCGAUCCUGUGUUCACGGAGAAGAUCAAAAAGUACACAAACGCUACCGAAGACAUCAAGAGGGAUAUUCGUCGCCAGGCCGAAGAGGAAGACCUUGACAUCAUAGUGGUGAUAUUGAGGUCGGACCUGAUUGAGCCCGAGUUGUCCGGCGAGCAGGUGCAGCGAUUGUUCAACGCAUACGUCGCCUUCAAUAACGCCGUCGAGAACAUUGACGAGGAAUUGAAGCAGGGGGCCCAACUGUUUUCGUACCUCAAACAGCUUCUCAAGCUUUGCACGCGACACAGAGAUAAGAGCAUGCUGCUACAACUGAUUGAGGAGCCCGUCACGCUGCAGCUCCUAAGAGACCUGUUCACCAUCUUCUACGAGCCCCUCGUGCGGGUGUACAAGUCGGCCAACGUGUACAACAGCGUCACCGACUUUGCCGUCUUCAUCGACGACAUGAUCAAGGUGGUUGAGAAGUGCAGAGAGGAUGAUGCAUCCGCGGAUCCGAACCAGACUGUGCAAGCGUUUAUCGAUUUGUGCGCGAGGCACGAGCACAACUUUUACAAGUUUGUGCACGAGAUCCACACGCACGACAACGGCCUCUUUACUCAGCUUAUGGAGUGGAUAGAGGGCAUCCUGGAGUUUCUCCGCAAGGGUCCCAAGAACGGCACGCUGAACGUCAACGCCUUGUUCGAGGGCGGCGUCAGCAGCGGCAUCAUUGACAAGGAAAAGGCGAUUCAGGAAAUCGACGCGCUCAUCGCCUGGCAGGAGGCGAGGAAGAAGUGGCACAGCGACAAGACGCAGCAGAAGAUGGCCGCCGAGGGCCAGCCGGGAAGCGACAUGAUGCCGACGGGCUUCAGCUCGGCGGAUUUCGGGCUCAACGACGAGGACCUGGAGGACCUGGCGUACGACGACGGGUCGGAGACGGAGGCGGAGGAGGAGGACGAUCUGGAUCCGAUUGAUGCCGAGAGGCAGCGGCGGGCGAAGAAGCGGGAUCGGCUGAGGCGGUCGGCCGGGGAGCCGGUGAAGCCGCCGAUUUCAGAGGUUCACAAGCUCAAGGAGAAUUUCCUUGUCAUGCUGAGGAAUGUUUUGGCCGAUUAGAUGGGUUAUUUUUGCACUUCAAGGAUACAGGUCGGCGAAGAAGAGGAAGAGAAACAAGAAAGAUAGAGACAGAGAAACAGAGAGUGGAGACAAAGGGUAUCCUUCUUAGUUGCGCAAGCGAGGGACUUGAGUUGUGUUUAUUCUUGGGUACCGAUGAUGGGGAGGAUCGUGAGAAGCACGUACUCUUACCUCCUCAAGCUGUAGAGCAGGCGGACUUGGGUUUCGGGUGCAAGAUUGGGGCAUUGGUAUGGAUUAAGUCCUUUCCUUUUCUUUUCAUGGGGAUAUGAAGGUCCCUUUGCAAGAUGCAAUGUCUUUUGUAGCUUUCGCUUGUAUAGGAGCUAGAAAAAAACAUAUAUCGUUCUCUG